AAGAAGGCAUUCAGUCACCAUUGUUAGUCUCUACGCAUGCUCAUUUUUUUCUUCUUUUUUCUAACGGUGGAAUAUAGAUAUUCGACGGAAAAUACUGGACUACAAACAUAGAUCUUUAACGAAAAGUGGAUUCGGAUUCCUACAUUUCGGAAAAUGGAUCUGAUCAGCAGAAAACUGAUGGUUAAAUGGCAAGUAAAUGCCUUGAUGCUUAUUUUUCUCCUUGCGACGGCCCAUUGCCAGAUCCGAUAUUCUGUUCCCGAGGAGAUGAGGAAGGGGUCUUUCGUGGGGAAUGUUGCCGAAGAUUUGGGAAUGGAUGCGAAAAGAUUGAAAUUAGGUGGUGCCCGAAUUGUAAGCAGCGAGCACAGCGCAUAUGUUAAACUAGAUGCAGACAAAGGGAACCUGCUCGUGGGAGAAAAAAUAGAUCGAGAGCAGCUCUGUGGGCAAACAUCGCCUUGUAGUUUGAAUUUUGAAAUGAUUUUGACCAAUCCAAUGCAAUUACACAGCAUUGUAGUAGAAGUCCUAGAUGUUAACGAUAAUGCUCCGUCUUUUCAUGAAAAAGAAAUGCGCGUAGAAAUCCUAGAGUCCGCUCUCCCAGGAACCCAAAUAUUGCAAGUUAGCGCAACGGAUCCUGACGUCGGUAUUAACGCUUUGAGUGGUUACACAUUGCAUCCUGUAACACCCUUUAAUAUUAAAGUGCUUUCAAGCCCAAACGGUCAUAAAUAUGCCCAGCUUUAUCUUUCUGGGGCUUUAGAUCGAGAGAAAGAAGAAACGCUGCUUCUUACGCUCACCGCCACUGACGGGGGAGACCCGCAACGCUCAGGCGUUAUGAAAAUACACGUCAGAGUGAGGGACACAAACGACAACGCCCCUGUUUUUGCGCAGCAAAUCUUUAAGGCGUCAGUUAAAGAAAAUAUGCCAAAAGGAAAAUUAAUAGUGAGACUGAGCGCAACAGACGCGGAUGAAGGCAUGAACGGCCGCAUUACGUAUCACUUUAAUCGGAUGUCUCGUGACGUUGCUGAGUUUUUCAGUCUGGAUGAAAACAGCGGAGAUUUAACUGUGAACAGCGCAAUUGAUUAUGAGAAUGACAAAAUAUUUGAGAUUGGCGUGCAGGCAAAAGAUCAGGGUGGGCAAAGCACUUCCACAAAUGUAAUAAUUGAGGUUGUGGAUGUAAAUGAUAAUGCGCCCCUGAUCACACUAACAUCAUUAUCUAGCACAAUCCCUGAAGACUCACCUAUAGGGGCUACUGUAGCAAUAAUCCAUGUUAAAGACAUUGAUUCGGGCAAAAAUGGUAAAGUAGACUGUUCAGUUAACGCAAAUAUACCUUUCAUAAUACAGACAUCUCUGAAGAAUUAUUUUACUCUGGUCACAAAUGGUGUCCUCAAUAGAGAGAGUGUCCCGGAAUAUAACAUCACUUUCACAGCUGUGGAUGAGGGGAGUCCUGCUCUCUCCACAAAUAAAACAAUAUCUUUCAAAGUAUCUGACGUAAAUGAUAACGCCCCCAUAUUUGAAUCGAGUUUUUAUGACGCAGAUGUUGUGGAGAAUAAUUCUCCAGGAUUAUCUGUGUUUUCAGUGAAAGCAAAUGAUGCAGAUUUUGGACAAAAUGCGCGGGUGUCUUACUUUCUAAUUGAUUCAGAGUUAAAUGGCAGCCCUAGUUCAUCCUAUGUAUCUAUAAAUGCAGAAAGUGGAGUCAUUCAAGCAGUUCGAUCAUUUGACUAUGAGCAGAUCAAAACUGUAACUUUCUAUGUGAAAGCUCAGGAUGGGGGGUCCCCUCCUUUGAGCAGUAACACCACUGUUAGAUUAACUAUUUUGGACCAGAACGAUAACCCGCCUCAGGUUCUGUAUCCGGUCCAGACUGCUGGCUCUGUGGUGGCUGAAAUGGUGCCUCGUUCAGCUGAUGUGGGCUACCUGGUGACUAAAGUGGUGGCUGUUGAUGUGGACUCUGGACAGAACGCCUGGCUCUCCUAUAAACUGCAGAAAGCCAUAGACAGGGCGCUGUUUGAAGUGGGCUCACAGAAUGGAGAAAUCCGAACUGUCCGCCAAGUGACGGAGAAAGAUUUGCUCAAACAAAGACUGACUGUGAUCGUGGAGGACAACGGGCAGCCCUCUCGUUCAGCUACAGUCAUUGUGAACGUGGCGGUGGCGGACAGCUUCCCUGAAGUGCUGUCGGAGUUCACUGACUUUCCACACGACAAGGAUUACAAUGACAAUCUGACUUUUUACUUAGUGCUGGCUCUGGCUGUGGUUUCUUUCCUCUUCAUCACGUGUUUAGUGGUCAUCAUCUCCGUCAAAAUCUACAGAUGGAGACAGUCUCGCAUCCUGUACCACUCCAGCCUCCCAGUGAUUCCAUAUUAUCCUCCACGUUACUCAGACACUUUGGGCACAGGGACUCUGCCACACACGUACAAUUACGAGGUGUGCAGGACCACUGACUCCAGAAAGAGUGACUGUAAGUUCGGCAGAGCUGGGAGUCAGAACGUGCUGAUAAUGGACCCCAGUUCUACAGGAACCAUGCAGAGGCUGCAGAGUGAGAAGAGCAUCCUGGAUGAACCAGAUUCUCCUCUGGAGGUCAGUUGUUUUGUGCCAAAUUUUGAAAUGAUUUAAACUUUGAUUCUGUCUUAAUUAUUUUUUCUUGGUUUUUCUGGCACUUACUUAUAAAAUACCAUUUAAAUAUUUUGAAUAUGGAUUACUUAUACAAAACAUUUGCUUAAAUUUGAUAUUAACAAAAUGUAACAGUGUUAUAAAAACAUUCCAUUUUCCUGUAACUGAGCAGUUUUAACUUAAAGCAAAAAAACUUUUACUCGAAAUUUAGUAUUAAACUAGUAAAGUAGUCUUCAAUAAUAAAGAAAACAGCAAAAUAUCUGGUUUUACCUACACUUAAGCCA